UCUGCUCCUCCUGAGCUGCUUGUAAAUCCAGUCAAGGAGCCGAGGAGGCGCAAUCUGCGACUUUCCACCGCCUGGACGUCCCGGAGAGCAACAGCAGCAACUCCAGUUCUGUCUGAGCGGCUGAUCCUGCAAAUCUGAGGAAGUGACUCCUGAAAGGAAAUAAAGAGGAACAGGAACAUCUUUAGCUUCUCACGUCACCAACUGCAUCUCCCAUCAUGGCGAUAGCCCUCCACUCCAGCCCCCUCCUAUGGACACGGUUGGCAGCGUUGAUCUUCGCCUGUGUGGCCUUCUCUGUGGCCGUGCAUGGCGGCAGAGUCAUGCACGGCACCGGAGACUGGUGCAUCUUCUGCUGGGCCUUCAGCUUCGCUGGGACUCUGCUCGUCAUCCUGGUGGAGCUGUUCGGCCUCCAGACCAGAGCCCCCGUCUCCUGGAAGAACUUCCCCAUCACGUUCGCCUGCUACGCCGCCCUGCUCUGCCUGUCCGCCUCCAUCAUCUUCCCCCUCUACUUCCUCAAGGGAUCCAUGGGCCCCAGUGAGGUCCGUAACUACCGCAUCGUGUCGACCGUCUUCUCCUGCCUGGCCACCGUUGCCUACAUUAGCGAAGUGAGCAUAAGCAAGGCGCGUCCAGGCGAGGUGGCCGGCUACAUGGCCACAGCCCCCGGCCUGCUGAAAGUCUGCGAGACCUUCGUGGCCUGCAUCAUCUUCGUCUUUGUCAGCGACCCCGUGGUGUACGACCGCCAUGACGCCCUCAAGUUCUGCAUGUCCGUCUACUGCAUCUGCUUUAUCCUGUCGGCGGCCAUCAUCCUGCUCUGCAUAGGCGAGUGCACCGGGUGCCUGCCCUUCCCGUUUGCCCGCUUCCUGUCCGCCUACGCCCUGCUGGCUGUGGCUCUCUAUCUGGUGGCGACCAUCCUCUGGCCCAUCUAUAACUUUGACUCCAAGCACGGCGGAACGAAACAGAGGCCAUACUCUUGCUCCAACACUAUGGGGCUGUGUGUGUGGGAUAAGCUCAUGGCGGUGGCUGUGCUCAGUGGCGUCAACUUCAUCCUCUACCUGGUCGACCUGAUCUACUCCACCCGCCUGGUGUUUGUCAGUGCUUGAGGGAGGAGAAGGGAUGUUCGGCCAGCAGGACGCUCCAGAUAAAAUUGAAUUUGGCAUUUUUAAAUAAAAAGGCUGUCAAACAGUUUUUUCAAAUACGCUUUUGUGAGCAAAUGCGAGUGUUUGUUUAAUGGUUUUCGCACCAGUUAGUUGAGUCGUGACGGGAACAAACAGUAGAGUUGUGCCACUGCUGGUUGAGUUCAACUCUGUUUGACGUUUGCUCUGAAAAUAAAAGGAAGUGAGUUUUGUUAAGAAGUGGCCCAAAGUGCCGGUGUAAUCUAUAACUGAGGGUGAAUCAGAUGACAGUGAAAAGGUCUUAAGUUCACGACCCGCGUCAUCAAAACCCCACUUAACCUCACUUCUCAAAUCUGCCAAAUUUGAUUUUGUGUGAAGUACACUGCCAGCCAUAGAGAGAGAGAGAGAGAGGGUGAAGAGAGGAAGAGGUGGAAGUCAUGGCUAUGUUUACAUGUACAAAACAAUAAUCUCUCUUUUUCAUGUGUGGGAACAUGUAAAUGUCAAACUUUCAAAGAUUCCACUGACCUAAAUGGACUGAAUAUGAUUUGUGGAACAUGCUGACAUCACCAAAGAUAUUAAAACACCUUCUCAUCCAUUAGAAUAACUGAUUGGUGCCCGUUGUAAAACUCUGUGGUUGAUUGUGAUGUAAAACUCACAGAAUCUCCGGAACAAGCUAACACCCAAAAUACUAUGUGCAUGUAAACAUAGUCUGUGACGAGAAAGAAUGGAAAAACAAAGUAAAUGGUGGUUUAUUAUUGUGUUAUUAUAAUUAUUUUUUGCAUAUUGUUCAUGUCAAUGCGCUGGCUUGAGAAUGUUUUAAAUUGGAUGUCAGUUAUAAAAUAACUGAUGAGCUUUUUACUCUGGUUUAAAUUGCUAAUUGAUGUAGAAAAUCAAAAUGAGUAGCUGUGCCGAACAAUUGGAAAUCCACGUUGAAGAAAUUUUAAUUUGCCUUGUUUUCUUAUUUUUUAAUGACAAGUAUUUCUCCCCUUUACUUUUUACACAGCUCCAAUGUUUUAUGACUUGAAGUAGUGGAAGAAAAAAAAAUGUUUACAUGAUGCUAAGAUGAAUGCUAGGCUAGCUUUUUACUCCUGUUAUGAGAUAUGUGUAUCUGUAUAUGCAAGCAACAAUCUCCAGAAUAUUUAGUGUGGGAACAACGUGUGCAAAGUUGUGGAUUUCAAAAAAACAUAUAUGCUUAAUUAAAAGUGCACUUAUAUCCAUAUGUUUAAUGUGUUUCCGAGUCCUGGUGCCUCCACAUAUCAAAGCUUCUAUAACACCGCACUCACCAUCGCACCAUUAAAUUCAAAUUGUUGAUCGGGUCUUUGAGUUUAGUACUGCUGUAUAAAUCAAAUACUGAGGGGAGGAAAACAUACGUCGUCUCUCUCUCUCGAUGUUGUUAUCUAAUAACUUUUUGGUGUAUUUCACUGUUCUUGUUUCAAGUGUGCUUACCACAUCAGUGUUGUAGAAAAUGAAAACCACAAUAAAGCCACAUGGUAAACAGA